GUUUCUCUCUGAAGAGGAUAAAACAGUUUCUCGCCAUUUGAGGAAGCACCAAUCAAACGUAAUCGUAUUACGCGUUCCCCCAUCUUCGCUUCGCAGUCAACAGUAGCGCCACUGUCAACGGCUGGAUUCCGUUCGUGUCUCCAUGGCAGAGCACAGAUAGCAAUUUUGAUGGAAUUUAUUUGACGGAUUACAUCAUUAUUCCACAAAUGUAGUUGACUGGCACUCCGACGUGCCGUCUGAUGGGACUUGCACGCCCGCUGCGUUAUCAUGCCGCAGUCCUGACUGGGGGAGAUCAUGGAGAAUAGCACAUUCUGUGGAAUAUACCUGUUCUACUUUCUGUCUCUCCUGCUCCUAACGGAGUAUCCUCGGUGUUGCAGUGGAAGUUGGAUGUGGCUGGGCAUCACCACGGCAGGUUUACCGGAGAAGAUGGGCUGUGGUAAUCUGCCUCUCUCGGACAAACAGAAGGAGAUAUGUAAGAAAAAGCCCUACCUCCUGCCCAGUAUCAAGGAUGGCGCGCGGCUUGGCAUCGCGGAAUGCCAGACGCAGUUCAAGCACGAACGAUGGAACUGCUCCACAACCAAAGACUUUUCAGUCUUCGGCUACGAGUUGACCAGCGGCACUAAGGAGACGGCGUUCAUCUACGCGGUGAUGGCGGCGGGCCUGGUGCACGCGGUGACACGCUCCUGCAGCGCGGGCAACAUGACCGAGUGCUCGUGCGACAUGGGCCUGCAGGGCACCGGCUCGCCCAGCGAGGGAUGGCACUGGGGCGGCUGCUCCGACCACAUCCAGUACGGCACCUGGUUCAGCCGCCGCUUCCUGGACCACACAGGCUCGUCGUCGGGGGCGGGGACCAGUUCUGGGUCGGCUGCUGCCAUGGAGGCCAUUAUCGCCAUGCACCAGCACAACAGCGAAGCUGGACGCCAGGCGGUGGCUAAGACCAUGUCCACAGACUGCCGCUGCCACGGCGUCUCGGGCUCCUGCGCGGUCAAGACCUGCUGGCGCACCAUGGCCCCCUUCGAGCGCGUGGGCCGCUACCUCAAGGAGCGCUACGAGACCAGCGUGCAGGUGCGUCGGCGGGAGAAGGGUCGUCGGCGCGUCCCCGUCGGGCGCGAGGAGCUGGUCUUCCUCCACAAGUCGCCCAACUACUGCCUGGAGGACCGGCGGCUGGGCGUGGCGGGCACGCGGGGCCGGCGCUGCAACCGCACGUCCAACGGGGCGGACGGCUGCGGCCUGCUCUGCUGCGGACGCGGCUACAACACGCACGUGGUGCGGCACGUGGAGCGCUGCGACUGCAAGUUCGUCUGGUGCUGCUACGUGCGCUGCCGGCGCUGCGAGAGCAUGAACGACAUGCACACCUGCAAGUAG